UGAAAAUGAUAUGCAAGAAUGGAUGACUUUAUUGGAAAAACGUUUAGGUGAUAGAAAUAUUGUUGAUAUCGUUUUGGACAGAUUGGAUUUGGCAAAUAUUGGUAUGCAUAAAAGACAAGGCAGUUAUAGUUCUUUGAGAUCUUUCUAUUCAAAGAAUUCUAGUUUUUGUUCUUCUGGUGGUUCGACCACUACAAAUUCAAAUCUAUCUUCAAGACGUCCUUCUUUGGAUUCUUUAAGUUUGGACACUCCUCCUUUGGACUCGAGAAAAAGUUCAAUGGAUUCAUUUCGCGGCAAUCAAAAUACCAUCUCUCACAAUACAAUAGUAAACAAUAAUAAUAGCGAUAGUUUUCCUUAUCAAUCCAUCUCUAGACCUGAAACUCCUUCAAAUCUAGUUGCUUUAUUUGGUAUAGGUCAACCUAUAUUACGUAAACCUGCAUCGCACGGUUGUCUUCAAGAUAAACAUAUCAUAAAUAGUAUAAAUAAUAGCAGUGCAAAUAACAGUAAUAUUGAUAAUACUAUAAAUGACGUUGUUUAUUUCCUUGGAAAUGAUGACAACAAUAAUGUAGAUUUAAAUGAUGACGAAGAUUCUCUUAUUACUCCACUAGCAAACGUAUUUCCUAGUUUAAUAACAUUUAGAGUAGUUGAAACAGUUGAAGCGGUUGGUGUAUUUGAAGAGGAAGAGGGUAUUGAUUUUGACGCAGAUGACGGUGGCGAAAAUGACAAUAACGAUGAUUUUGAUAAAAACAAUUUCAAGGGUUCAUACGACGUUGAUGAUUCAAGAACAACUAUUGCUGAAUCUGCUGAUUAUUCAGUGAAGGUCUCAUAUGUUGAAUUGUAUAUUGAAAGAUCUAUUGUUUAA